UGAACUUCCUGUCACUAGGUGUGUGGUUGAAGGGGUGGAGUGGCCUGUCUCUUUAUCUCAGAACAUUUCUCCAUUCAGCUCAGCUCAUUCUCCACUACAGUUCACUCAGGUUAAGGAGGGGUUUCUGAUUUCUUCACACUGAAUGACCUUAGCCAUAACCAUCUGCUUUGGCUUUGCAGUUAAAACAGAAAACCGCUAAGAUAUUUCUCAGUAUCGUAGCCUGCAUUCAGAGUAAGCGCAGGUUAGAGUUUAAAGCUUUUGGAACGCCACAGAAGAAGAAGAACAACCAGAAGCAGAAGAACAACCAGAAGCAGAAGAAGCAGCAGCAGCAGCAGAAGAAGAAGAAGAAGUAGAAGGAGCGACGCCGCUAACGGGAGUUAACAUCAUUUUCUUCAGCGGUUGAGCUUCUCUUGAAUGAAUGCAAUGUUAUCCAUGUAGUGAGACACUGAGUCUGGAGAAACGCUGUAAGGAACUAUUCCAGCUUUGAGUUUUAAGCCCUUUUUGGUCCAUGAUCUCUGUGGCUUUCUCACACUUUUUCCCCGAGCUUCCACCGCCAUCGCCCAGGGCCGUGACACAUCAAUAAACAAAGAGGGACUCUUUCAGCUGGAGUUUGCCCUGACACCAGAUUCUCAGAGAUUGUUAGAGAGAAAGAGGAGAGACUGGACUGUGGCAGCAACAGGUCAGUCAGCUGUGCGUCACCGGGAGGGAGAACUCCAAGAUUAUUAUUGUUCUGCUGUCUGCCGUGGGGAUCUGUAUUUACACUGGAGCAGGACAAAGCGGAGGCGGUGGGGAGUGACAGUGUGCGGGCAAUGAUGGAGAGCGCCCUCACAGCCAGGGACCGGGUGGGAGUGCAGGAUUUUGUCCUGCUCGAGAACCACACCAGCGAGGUGGCCUUCAUUGACAACCUGCGCAAGCGCUUCAAGGAGAACCUCAUCUAUACGUACAUUGGCUCAGUGUUGGUGUCGGUGAAUCCCUAUAAAGACUUGGAGAUCUACACCAAGCAGCAUAUGGAGCGGUACAGAGGCGUUAACUUCUAUGAAGUCUCCCCUCACAUAUAUGCGGUGUCUGAUAAUGCGUAUCGCUCCAUGCGGACGGAGAGACGGGACCAGUGUAUCCUGAUCUCUGGAGAGAGUGGUGCUGGGAAGACGGAAGCCUCUAAGAAGGUUCUGCAGUACUACGCCAUCACCUGUCCUGCCAGCGACCAAGUGCAGACCGUGAAAGACCGCCUACUGCAGUCCAACCCUGUUCUGGAGGCCUUUGGAAAUGCUAAAACUUUGCGCAAUGACAAUUCAAGCCGUUUUGGGAAAUACAUGGACAUCCAGUUUGACUUCAAGGGUGCUCCAGUUGGGGGUCACAUCCUGAACUACCUGCUGGAGAAAUCUCGUGUCGUGCACCAGAGCCAUGGAGAACGAAACUUCCACAUCUUCUAUCAGCUCAUUGAGGGCGGCGAAGAGGAUCUGCUCAGGAGACUCGGCCUGGAGAGGAACGCACAGCAGUACCAGUACCUCGUGAAGGGUAAUUGUCCUAAAGUGAGCUCCAUUAAUGACCGCAACGACUGGAAGGUGGUGAGAAAAGCUCUGAGCAUCAUUGGGUUCAGCGAUGAUGAAGUGGAGGAGCUAUUAAACAUCAUUGCCAGUGUGCUACAUUUGGGGAAUAUUCAGUACGGGAGUGAGGAUGGUGGCAAUGCCUACAUUACCGUAGACACCCAGAUUAAAUAUUUAGCCAGGUUAUUAGGCGUGGAUAGCUGCAUUCUCAAAGAGGCUCUGACACAUAAGAAGAUUACUGCCAAAGGAGAGGAGCUGAUGAGUCCGUUGAAUCAGGAGCAGGCUUCCUCAGCGCGAGAUGCUUUAUCUAAAGCCAUUUAUGGACGCACCUUCACCUGGCUCGUGAACAAAAUCAACGCCUCUCUGGCCUUCAAGGAGGACUUCUUCAGUGGUAAGAGUACAUCUGUCAUUGGCCUGUUGGAUAUCUAUGGGUUCGAGGUCUUCCAGAACAACAGUUUUGAGCAGUUCUGCAUCAACUACUGCAAUGAGAAGCUGCAGCAACUCUUCAUCGAGCUGACCCUGAAAUCAGAACAAGAGGAGUAUGAAGCUGAGGGAAUCACGUGGGAGCCUGUGCAAUAUUUCAAUAACAAGAUUAUUUGUGAUCUUGUGGAGGAGAAGUUCAAAGGCAUUAUCUCGAUCUUGGAUGAGGAAUGUCUGAGGCCAGGAGAUGCCACAGACUUCACUUUCCUACAGAAGCUGGAGGACACAUUAGGCGGCCAUGCUCACUUCUUAACUCAUAAGCUGGCUGAUGGAAAGACCCGGAAAGUGAUGGGUAGAGAUGAGUUCAGGCUGCUGCAUUAUGCCGGAGAAGUCAACUACAAUGUAAACGGCUUUCUGGACAAGAACAAUGAUCUCCUCUUCAGAAAUUUGAAAGAGGUGAUGUGCAUGUCAGAAAACAAGAUCCUCACUCAGUGUUUCGACCGGGAAGAGUUAACGGACAAGAAGCGGCCAGAAACAACGGCUACCCAGUUUAAGAACAGCCUGGCCAAGCUGAUGGAAAUCCUCAUGUCUAAGGAACCGUCAUACGUGCGCUGCAUCAAACCUAACGAUGCCAAGCAGGCUGGCCGAUUUGAUGAUGUUUUGAUCAGACAUCAAGUGAAGUAUCUGGGCCUGAUGGAGAAUUUGAGAGUAAGGAGAGCGGGCUUUGCCUACCGGCGCCGCUACGAGAUCUUCCUCCAGAGGUAUAAGUCGUUGUGUCCGGACACCUGGCCCAACUGGGACGGCCGCUUGGUAGAUGGAGUCUCCACACUUGUCAGGCACCUGGGUUACAAACCUGAGGAGUACAAACUUGGCAGGACCAAAAUCUUCAUCCGUUUUCCAAAGACCUUGUUUGCAACAGAAGAUGCAUUAGAAGUCCGAAAACACAGUCUUGCAACCAAGCUUCAGGCGAACUGGAAGGGCUGUUGUCAGAAAUCCAAAUACCGUAAAAUGAGACGAUCAGCCAUCCUGAUUCAGGCCUGGUGGAGAGGAAUUUUGGCCCGCAGGAGAGCAUGUCGCAGAAGACAAGCUGCUGACACCAUUCGCAGAUUCAUUAAAGGAUUCAUGUACCGCCAUCAGCCACGCUGUCCUGAGAACGAAUACUUCCUUGACUACGUGCGCUACUCAUUCCUAAUGAAGCUACAGAGGAGUUUGCCUAAAUCAGUACUGGACAAGAGCUGGCCUACACCGCCACCUGCCCUGACUGAGGCAUCAGACCACCUGCGCAAGCUGUGUAUGCAGAACAUGGUGUGGAAGUACUGCAAGAGCAUCAACCCAGAAUGGAAGCACCAGUUGGAGCAGAAGUUGGUGGCCAGUGAAAUUUUUAAGGACAAGAAAGACAACUACCCUCAGAGUGUCGCCAAGCUGUUUGUGGGAACAAGGCUCAAUGGGGAGGAUAUCAAUCCUAAAGUGCUCCAGGCUCUGGGCAGUGAGAAGAUGAAGUAUGCUGUUCCAGUGACUAAAUAUGACAGAAGAGGAUACAAACCGCGUUCACGGCAGCUGCUACUGACUGGCAGCAGUGCGAUCAUAGUAGAGGAGACCAAGCUGAAACAACGCAUUGAUUACAGUACUCUGAAAGGCAUUUCUGUCAGCUCCCUCAGCGAUGGCAUUUUUGUCCUCCAUGUUGCCUGUGAGGACAACAAACAGAAGGGUGAUGCAGUUCUACAGAGCGAUCAUGUGAUUGAGACGUUAACCAAAGUGGCAAUCUGUGCCGACAAGAUCAACAACAUCAACAUCAGCCAGGGAAGCAUAACAUUCACAGUGUGUCAAGGAAAAGAAGGAAUGAUUGAUUUCACAUCCGGCUCUGAGCUGCUCAUUGCCAAAGCUAAGAACGGACACCUUUCAGUGACUGCUCCUCGCCUCAAUUCAAGAUGAUGGAUACAUCCUGACCAGUGACCCGUCACACAGCCGCAGAUAGAGCUACACUCUGCCAAUGAGACGCCAGAGGCUUCGCUUCCACUUGUGAACUUCCAGCAAACUAAUCAAUAUUUAUAUUUCUGUGUUUGACAAUUUAAUAUUGUUGUUAUUUUAUGAUUUUAUAUUUUGAAGCCAAGAAAUAACAAUGUAUCAGUGCAUAUUUCUUGCACUGUGUAUCUGUCUUGCUUAAUUUGGGGAACAAUAAUUUGAUGUCUGAGAAGCUUCUGCCUUAUGUAAGGAAAAUCAGGGUUAGCAGUAAGAACUUUUUGAUUGUUUCUGUUCACUUUUUUCCAGGGACUCAGAAAGCAGAAUCAUACUCUUGCAUUUUAGUUACAGUAGUGAGAGAACAUUAAUGUUUAAUUUGAAGAUUUAAAUUAUUCCUUAGGAAAGGUUUCUAGAACCUGUCUUAUAUAAAAGCUAUACCAAAUACUUUUACAUGCAGUAGCCUAAUAAUUAUGAUUUAGUAUGUUGUGGAAAAAAUGUAUAGGGAAGCUGAACAGUUUUGUUGAGAGUUGAUGCUAAGUACAUUGAGAGCCUGUGUUAAGUCAUCUGGAAAUAUGAAGAAAGGAGUGUUUAUCUUAGUAGGAUCAGAGUGCAUGUUAACCAACUCGUGAAGGUAAUGGAAGGCAGAACGGAUUUUAUUCAAGCCAAGUUAAACUGAUGUGUCGAAUAGACUUGAAUAUAUUAGGCUCCUUUAUACCAAAUACUUUAGUCACACAUUAAUACCUUUACCCUUUACUAUGAUGACAUUUAUACAAGUUUUCCUUUUUGAUAAUCAGUUAAAGAAAAAUUAGUUAGAGGUUAAGGCAGUGGUAAAUAUAGACUGUCUCUAUGGUUUCAUACCAGGCAGUGUGUUCUGCCUAUAGAAUAACUUUCCUCCAAGUACAGUAGUAAAUAAUCGUCUUGCUCUUUAUGCACUGGAUACAUCGUAAUGCCCUUUUCUAAUCCACAGGCUACUUAGGCUAAAGAUAAGCAGCGGUUAGCUUGUGAAGAAGAAAAUGGUAGAGAAGUAUCCACAAAAAAGGGGUUUGUGUACUGCAUGUAAGCACUACUUCUGUGCAUAAUAAAUAUGGCAUUUCAGGAACAAAAGUGCACAUUAGCACGAUACAGACAUGCACUUCAUAGUAAAUCAGGCACCUUUGUACUGUAUAUACAGUACAAUCUUUGGUCUUGCCUUUUAAAAUAUUGAUUGUUAAGGGUUACUUUAGAAUGUGGAGCAAGUGCCUAUAUCACAGUUAUUCUCAUAGCAAAUAUUAAGCUUUUAAGAUGACACUAUUAAAACGCAACUGUAAAAAGCUAUUCUAAGUGCCACAUGUAACAUAGAACAAAUAUAUAAAAAUAUAUUUUUAUGGUUAUAAAAUGUUCCCAACGCUGUCCUUGGAAAAGCUAUGAGUAACGUUUUCUUACUGCACCUAUAGACAAGCAUAAUUGACACUUGUGAUUUUGUUUUAUACUAUUUGUGUAAUUUAAGAAACUGAAAAAUGUUAUUUGGAUGCAAACUGAUAACAUACCUAAGCAUAAUAAAGCUGAUUUCAUAAAUAAAGCUUUUGUCAAUCCUAA